AUGAAAGAUUCAUCUCAAUCCGAUCUAGAAUCAACACGUUUUAUUCAUGAAAUAAUCUUUCCAGAGUUAAACAAUCGAAUAAAUUUUCCCGUACCAAAAGAAGCGUUACCAAAGGAUAUCAUAUGUAAAAAAUGUAAAGCAAUAUCUACCGAUGUAACUGAAUUUAAUAAACAUGCUAGACAAAGACAUCGUCUUCCAUACUUGUGUGAUAUUUGUUCCAAAAUAUUUGAUAGUAAAAAGGAAAAGGCUGAUCAUUUAGAGAAAGAACACGUUAAGGAAUUUCGGUGUGAAUUUUGUACCAAAACGUUUUGGCAACAAAAGAUUUUAAAUGGUCACAUUAAAGAUAAGCAUUAUAAUCGUAAAACCGAUACUCUCGAAGUUAGAGUUGAAUUUGAAUUUUUGAAUCAAUUAAAUGUUUCAUCACCACAAUUGAAGAGAGAAUUUUUCAUUCAUGAAAUCUUGAUGGAAGAAAUCAAGUUUAAAAAUACACAAAAGAAGAAUGAAACCAAAGAGAAGCCUACAGAAGGGUCAUUGGAUACCUCAACUUUGACGGAAAUCAUUUCACCACCCGCGACAUCAUCCACCUCACCCUCUGGAUCAAAAAAAAUGAAAUGUAAAUUAUGUGAGGAAUUAUACGAUGAUAAUGUAACGUUUAAUAAACAUGCAAAGAAUUCACAUGUUAGGGCUGUACAUAUGAUAAACGUUGCAUUUAAGUUAUUGCCCAAUGAUGUAAUUCUAACGAGCUUUAUGAAUUCUGCAAGUUGGACUUUUGGUCAAUUCGCAAUCGCAACUUACAUUGUAGGGAUAUUUAAAUUAAUACCAGAUCUGACACUUUAUCGAGCAACAGCAAAUCGUCUCGACAAAAAAUGUAAACAGACAGCUUUCAUUCCGGGAUACUAUGUUCAAAUACAAGAUCGACGGAUGUAUAUGAUUAGUCACAGUUGUAUCUUGAUUACAUAUAGCAUUGCUAAUUCCGCUUGUGUAUUGUGCUUGUUUAAGUAUGGAAGGUUAUUAGUUGAAUUGACUAUAGAAUGCGUUAGAUUGAUAGGUGAAGCAGAUGAUUCUUUGAAAAGUAAACAACUUUCAAAAAAAGCUUUCCUUCAAAAGUUGAAGAUUAUAAACUUUACUUUAACAUUGGCUGUAAGCUGGUCUGCCAUCUCUUGUCUCUUUUGGGCUGUUGGAAUUUUAUUCAUAAAAAAAACGUUUGAAUCAGCUCAUCCUGCUAAGUUUGAUAAACCAAAUUGGUUCUUCUAUUAUGAUGAUGUUUGUUAUACUUUAUGGUUUUAUCCAAAAAGUAUGAAUGAUACUGAAGAGAUAAAAAGUUUUUCCACUUCUUCCUUAACAUGGUCACGAAACUCGGGACAAGUAAUAAGUGAUGAUUUAAACAGCAUUUCUAUACAAGAAUAA